GUGAGAAGGAAACAAGCAUGAAGGCCAAGGACAGUGGCGCGGAUCUCACUGCUUUCCUCACUCUCGUGGCAAAGCAGGACACACUGGAUGCCAGUCUUCAGAGUUUCCAGCAAGAGCGACUUGCAGAGAUCACUGAGCUGAAGGACCAACUUGUGGCUGCUCAGCAUCACCAGAGCCAAGCCAUUGAGGAGCGCCACGCUGCCCUGCUGCGGCGCUGGGAGCAGCUGCUUGAAGCCUCUGCAGACCACAGACAGAAACUGUUAGAGAAGCAGCUGCCUCUACAGAAGGCUGAGGAGCUGUUCAUGGAAUUUGCACACAAGGCAUCAGCUUUCAACAAUUGGUGUGAGAAUGCAGAAGAGGACCUAUCGGAGCCUGUGCAUUGUGUCUCCCUCAAUGAGAUUCGCCAGUUGCAGAAGGACCAUGAGGCUUUCUUGGCCUCCUUGGCUGGAGCUCAAGAAGACUUCAACUAUUUGCUAGAGCUAGACCAGAAGAUUAAGGCCUUAGAUGUGCCCUCUAGCCCUUAUACCUGGUUAACAGUGGAGGUGCUAGAAAGGAUCUGGAAGCAUCUGCCUGAUAUCAUUGAGGAACGGGAGCAGGAGCUGCAAAAGGAAGAGGAGAGACAGGUGAAGAAUUUUGAGAUGUGCCAGGAGUUUGAACAGAAUGCCAGUACCUUCCUCCAGUGGGUUCAGGAGACGAG